AUGCCAAUCACUAAUCCCAUUAAGAGAAAAGAAUAUGCCCGAUUAUCUAUGGCAAUUAAGAAAGCCCGAGAAAGAGGAGAAAACAUAAACCAAUUAUUAGAGCAAAGAAAAAGUUUAACCCAACAAGGUAUAAAUGAACCAGGUAUAAAAGAUAAACAAUUUAUACCCAGGAAAAAGUAUAAACAACCGACUAAUAAAAUUUCUUUCGAAACUCUUUUAAAUGAGAUUAGAAAAACCCAGGAAUUAUUAAAGCAGGAAAAAUUAGAAAGGAUUUUGUUUCAUUAUGAGAUUUCCGAGAUGGUGAGAGAAUGGCAGCAAGGAAUUAGUGAAAUCAAGCAAACCGUUAAGGAGUUAAUAAGCCAAAAGCAAUCCCCAAUAGUUAGAACCAGCCGAGAGAAAAAGACCGAACCAAACACGAGAGAAAGAAAAAGAAAAUCCCUGCUCCCUCCUUCUGGUUUGAAAUAUAAAAGUCCCGAAUGGUGA